UUCUUUUUUUGAUUUUUGAAAAUGUGGACACUAAAAACAUUUUCUCUGUGCAUUGUAUUAUUUGUCACCAUAUGGAAUUGUGUGACGGCAGAACCUCAAUUACACACAGCGGCUGAUGGUACAAAAUUCUAUAUUGAAAUAGAAGGAGAGUACAAUUGGUUCCAAGCUUUACAUGAAUGCGCACGCCGUGGUUAUCAGUUGGUUGAAGUGCAUUCCGGCAAGAAGAAUAAAGUUCUUCUAAAUGCUCUGGAUUCUUUCUUUGGAAAACCUUAUAAUCUAUGGUUGGGAGCUAAUGAUGAGUUUAAUAGUGACCGAGACUUUAAUAGACCAUUUUAUUGGGCCUCUUCUGGAAAACGCAUGACAUUCUCCAAUUGGUCCAGCAAUAAUCCAGACAACUUUAGAAGUGAAGAACACUGUGUGCAUACCUGGGCAGCGAGAGAACCUUUUGCUUGGAACGAUGCAUCUUGCACCUCGAAAAUGGGAUAUAUUUGUGAGGAAAGGCCGUUGGCAUAAAUUGAAAAUGUUUGUCACAUAUGGCAAUUAUUUUUCAAAUUUCACAGCUUUAUAUUAUUAAAAAAAAAAUUAGCAAAAAAAUUAAUUUUGAUUUAAAAGAA